AUGGGUCUCCCUGAUGAGCAGCUGCUCAAUCCGCAGGCUGUGUCAAAAGCACUGAGGUGCGUGAUCUGCACUGAGGUGUUCGUCAAGCCUGUGUCCUCGAUCUGCCAGCACGUUUUCUGCCGGAGGUGCAUCGAGCGCGCCUUGGGGCGGAAUGCCCGCUGUCCUACCUGCAGAUCUCCCCUGAACGCAUGGGAGUUGAACCCAAACCCCUUAGUUCAGACCUUGCUGGAUGAAGUGCUCGUCCGCUGCCCGCGCUUCCGCGACAGCUGUGCCUGGACGGGGCCGCAGGAAGCCAGCGCCGCUCAUGAAGCGGCCUGUCCAGUACUUGAGCGGCUGAACUUGGCUCAGAGGCUCGAUUUGAAGGAGCAGGCGCUGAAGGAGCAGGCCGACACCAUCGAGUCACUCAGGGGUCAAGUGUGCCAACAAGAGCAACUUGUUGACCAUCUCAAGUCUCAAGCUGUGCGCCAGGAGAGGCAGCUGGCUGAACUGAGGCGUGAACUGCGAACCAAGGACCAGGAGCUGGCGAAGACAAAGCGCGGCACAGCCCUGAUCCGAGCCGACGUGCAGGCAGAGCUCGCGGCGCAGUGGGCGUCGAAGGCACAGGCAGAUGCCGAUCUGGCCAGGCAGAACUUGGAGUCUCUGCGGUCAAAUGACGAAGUUAUUCAGGUAAAGGAUCUGCUGGGCAAGACGCUUGUCAUCAAAGUGGAUUUGCACAAGCCGGUGGUGGACGUCAAGAAGACCAUUGUCGAGAAGACAGGCUGUCCCGAGGACGUCUUCGGGCUUUCUCACGAGGGCAAGAUUCUGGAGGAAGAUUCCUUGGCAUCGAGGUAUCAGAUCUCAUCCGAGUCAACUCUUUUCAUGAGAAUGCGGCGGCCGCAUCCUUACAAUUCAUACCGGAGAACAUAA